ACAGUGUCCCCACGACCUCCUUGACUGCGGAACGUUCCAGGUGUCCAUUCAGAGUUGCGCUCUGUCUUUGUCAGCACGGUAAACAGCACCUUUACCCCAAACAACAGCACAGAAUGGAAUGGAACGUGUGCAAUUGUCUGUGCGACAUGGCGCAAGAAAGGCUGGGGGGGCCUUUGUGUGGGGUGGGGGCUGGCAGUGGGCAGGGGUAGUCAGCACGGGGUUCCGGCUGCAGCAGUGCACCGAUGUGUCGUGAGAAACAGCGCCGCUCCUGGGACCUGGUGCAGCACCCAGCCAUCAUGAGGUACAUUGUGCUUGUUGGGGGUGUGGCUUUAGCAUCAGAGCUCACUGAGCUCACCCUAACCCACGCACAGAGCCGCCAGGGGGUUGUGGGAACAGCAGCUUCUCCUGCAGAACAGUUCCCUUCACCGGGGAGCUACAGCACAGGACACUUAGGUUCCAUAACUCGCCUGCAAAGCUCACAUUGCGCAGAUAGCCGCAGGUGCAAGGGGUAGGUGGUUGAGCUUUGGCUGGAGAUGCCAUCAUGUUUAAACAGGAGGCUUUUAAAAAUGUGUUUUAUCCUGAUUCAGCUCCACCUGCCAUUAUUCACUCUGACUGAACUAUCACCUCUGACCGAACUAUCACAUCUGAUCCCCGGCAGGCAGCAACAGGUCAUUCGGCAGGAACCUAUCACACUUUUCCCAUGGUAUUACACCAUUGCUAGACCUGUGUAGCUGUGUACUUUGGAGAUAUGUACUUUUACUGUGGUAUACCCCUUUCUAACCAUUUAGAGGUGCGUCGGAGCCGCUCAGAAAGGUUUGGUUUGCUCACCUUCUCACUUCCUCUCCUUCUCCCAGAGUGUUUGUCAACAGAAGUUUGGCUAUGGAGAAGAUUAAGUGCUUUGGCUUUGAUAUGGACUACACUCUGGCAGUUGUGUGAGCUAACCUUCAUUCACAUGGGGGAGGGAGGUGAAGAUACAGACGGUCUCAUCGACUUUGCCAUCAUCAUCAUCAUCAUCGUUGUUGUUAAAUGCCUUGGACCUAAACUCUUGACCACAUGGUUUACAAAUCACCAGAGUAUGAGUCCCUGGGCUUCGACCUCACCGUGGAGCACCUUGUGUCUAUCGGCUACCCUCAGGAGCUCCUUAACUUCGUCUAUGACCCAUCCUUCCCCACCAGGGGCCUUGUGUUCGAUUCGAUGUACGGCAACCUGCUGAAGGUGGACGCCUACGGCAACAUCCUCGUGUGCGCCCACGGCUUUAACUUCAUGCGCGGACCAGAAACCCGGGAGCUGUACCCAAACAAGUUCAUCCAGCGUGAUGACACAGAGAGGUUUUAUAUCCUAAACACGCUAUUCAACCUUCCAGAGACGUACCUCUUGGCGUGUCUCGUGGACUUCUUCACCAACUGUGAUCGGUAUACAAGCUGUGAAACAGGGUUCAAAGAUGGAGACCUCUUCAUGUCCUACAAAAGCAUGUUUCAGGACGUGCGCGAUGCUGUAGACUGGGUGCACUUCAAGGGAUCACUGAAGGAGAAGACUGUUGAAAACCUGGAGAAGUAUGUUGUGAAAGAUGCAAAGCUCCCUCUCCUGUUGAGCCGGAUGAAAGAAGUGGCCAAAGUGUUUCUGGCCACCAAUAGUGACUACCAGUACACAGAUAAAAUCAUGAUGUACCUGUUUGACUUCCCCCAUGGUCCCAAGGUGGGCACAACUCACCGACCGUGGCAGUCUUACUUUGACCUGAUUUUGGUGGACGCCCGGAAGCCUGUCUUUUUCGGAGAGGGAACGGUGCUGAGACAAGUGGACACGACCACUGGGCGGUUGAAGAUUGGAACUUACACUGGACCUCUGCAGUACGGCAUAGUGUACUCUGGAGGGUCUUCCGACAUUGUGUGCGACCUGCUGGGAGCCAAGGGCAAGGACAUUCUCUACAUUGGUGACCACAUCUUUGGGGACAUCCUCAAGUCCAAGAAGCGUCAGGGCUGGAGGACCUUCCUGGUCAUCCCUGAGCUGGCACAAGAGCUGCAUGUGUGGACAGACAAGAGCUCUCUCUUUGAAGAGCUCCAGAGUCUAGACAUCUUCCUGGCAGAGCUCUACAAACAUUUGGACAGCAGCAGCAACGAGAGGCCUGACAUCAGCUCCAUUCAGCGGAGAAUCAAGAAAGUGACCCACGACAUGGACAUGUGCUACGGCAUGAUGGGAAGUCUGUUCCGCAGCGGCUCUCGCCAGACUCUGUUUGCCUCCCAGGUGAUGCGCUACGCUGACCUGUACGCUGCGUCCUUCAUCAACCUGCUCUACUACCCGUUCAGCUACCUCUUCAGAGCUGCUCACGUACUGAUGCCGCACGAAUCCACAGUGGAACAUGCCCACGUGGACGUCGGUGACAUGGAGUCGCCCAUGGCAACGCGCAACCGCCGCUCGCUGGACUUCAGGGACAUGGAGUGCAAGAGACACCAGUUGACAAGGUCCAUCAGUGAGAUCCAGCCACCCCACCUGUUCCCUCAGACCCCCCAGGAGAUCACGCACUGCCACGAUGAGGAUGAUGAUGAAGAGGAGGAGUAGUAGCGGGCCACAAAAAGGCUCGAACCAUCGCUCAUGAAGAGGGGCUAAUGCGUGAAGGGUCGACUUUCUAUGACAAAGUUCACGUACUUCUGACUUCAGUGCCUGCGUGCAUCAGCCAAAGCCCCGACCCCUGAAUCCUGCUUCAGUUUACGCAACGUUGGUUUGUGUUUUUAAGCAAGUUUUCUGAUGUGAUGUUGGAAAGAAAGCGAUCAGGUGGAUCUCUGACCAAACGCUGGUGCUUCGGUAUCUCCUGUAGAUAAAGUCAUGUAUGCUGUAUAUAAGUAUGUGUGCGUAUAUAUACAAACUCACAGAUACGCCUCACCAUAGGUGCUCCUGCACAUGUUGCCACCUGUCGUUGUGGAGCUGGACGAUGCAAAGGGGCGUCCAGCUCUUCUUUUGCAGGACCACAGUACAAACGGGAGCAGCUCUUACCCUGGGAGUCAUGGUCCAAUUUUCCUCUGAGCCUUGAGCUCUGCUUUAGCUGUGAGGUCACCUCCUCUCAGGAGGCCUAGUGGUUCGACUUCGAAAGGUAGGGUUGUCAAGUGUUGAAGUCGAGUUUCUUCAUGAGGAGGAAAGACCGUCAAUGGGGACGAGGUCGUUCUGUCAUGUUUGCUAGAUGAGUUAUUUCAUACGCAACAAAUAGCGCUGCCAUCUCACAGUGCUUGGGAGGUGCGCAUGUUCUCCCCAUGGCUGCAUGGGCUUCUUCUGGGUGCUCUGGUUUCCUCCCACACUCCAAAGACAUGCAAUUCCGGUGGAUUGGUGAUGCUAAACUGCCUGUAGUGUGACAAUGGGUGAGUGAUUCUGAGUGUGUGGUUCCCCUAGGAGGGACUGGCCCCAGACCACUGCGACCCUGCUUGGGACAAGCGGUCGUUGAAAGUGGAUGGGUAAAUUAUUUCACACAGCAGCUUCGAGGCAGGGGAGGUGCUGAAGGUUCUUCACAGGUGGGGAAAAAAAGUUGCUUCAAAGUUUUCCUGCUAAAUUGGUGAAUAACUCACCUCCCCUGAGUGUCGGUUCACCUGGACAGGCAGCAGUGAAGGACAGCUGUGUUGGGCCGAUGGACCUGUUCUCUGGUGACCCUCUGGGGCUGGAAACCUUCUUCAUACACUGUUUUACUUUUCUCGCUGUAUGGUCUUGAGCUUGAGAGCUUUUCCAGUAAUUAUGAUUCUGCUUUUGCUAGUCAGAAAUGUGUAGGUUUGGGAGCUUGGGUGUCCAAUAAAACUCUUCUUCAAAUUGACA